UGUGAAUGUUGCCGAGAGUCGUUUGUCGUAGUUGUAGCGGUGCAAGCUUUUUUUUGUUAAAUGAAAAAAACGUACAACGUUUGCAUAGUUUAGUAAACAGUUAAUUACUUUUAAUUGCCUUAUUUUUCUACGUUAAAAUCAUGCUGUCUGAGAAUGCAGUGGAACCUAUGCAGGUUGAUGCUCCCCCAGAAGACAAUGAUAAUUCAGAAGAAGAGCCAUACAUCGUCGAAAAUCCUACUUUGGAUCUUGAAGCUUAUGCAAACAGCUAUGCGGGGCUUGCUAAAUUAUAUAGACUAAUUUAUAUUGCUGAUCAUUGUCCAAGUUUACAAAUUGAAGCUCUAAAAAUGGCUAUUGCUCAUGUAAUGACUACCUAUAAUGUAACAUUAUAUCAAACCUUACACAAAAAAUUAUUGCAAGCUCUUGGAACACAAGGAUUGCCCGACGUAGCUGCUCAAUCAUCAUCACAAGACAUACCAACGAUUAAUCAAAUGUGGGUAGAAACAAGAUCUAAAAAAGCAGCUUUAAAGCUAGAGAAAUUCGAUACCGAUUUGAAGAAUUAUCGUAGCAAUUCUAUUAAAGAAAGUAUAAGAAGAGGACAUGAUGAUUUAGGAGAUCAUUACUUAGAUUGUGGUGAUCUUGGUAAUGCCUUGAAAUGUUACUCAAGAGCGCGAGAUUAUUGCACGAGUGGCAAACACCUAGUUAACAUGUGUCUAAAUGUUAUUAAAGUAUCUGUUUAUUUACAAAAUUGGACACAUGUUUUAACUUACGUUGCAAAAGCUGAAAAUGCGCCUGAUUUUCCUGAUGUUCAUGGUAAAGAUAAUAAUCAAUCUAUCGUCACAAAAUUAAAAGUAGCAGCUGGUCUUGCAGCUUUAGCUAUGAGAAAAUAUAAAAUGGCAGCGAAACAUUUCCUACAAGCUUCACUCGAUCAUUGUGACUGUCCGGAAUUAUUAUCACCAGGAAAUGUUGCUCUUUAUGGUGGUCUUUGUGCUUUAGCAACCUUCGAUAGACAUGAAUUACAAAAACAAGUUAUACUUAGUAGCUCAUUCAAACUUUUCUUAGAGCUUGAACCUCAAGUUCGUGAUAUUAUUUUCAAGUUUUAUGAAUCAAAAUAUGCUUCAUGUUUGAAAUUACUCGAUGAUAUUCUUGAUAACAUUUUAUUAGAUAUGUAUUUAGCGCCCCACGUACAAUUAUUAUAUACGCAAAUUCGUAAUCGAGCAUUAAUUCAAUACUUCAGUCCUUACUUAAGUGCUGACAUGAAGAGAAUGGCUGUUGCAUUUAACAGAAGUGUUCCAGAUUUGGAGAAUGAGCUUAUGCAACUUAUUUUAGACGGGCAAAUUCAAGCACGUAUUGACUCACACAAUAAGAUUUUGUAUGCCAAAGAUGUUGAUCAACGAAGUACAACUUUCGAAAAGUCUAUAAGUGUGGGAAAAGAGUAUCAAAGACGAACAAGAAUGCUUAUUCUGAGAGCUGCUAUUUUAAAGCAUCAGAUCCAUGUCAAGUGUCCUCAUCGUGACAGCUCUCAAGGUGGUGAAAUGUCGGUUGCACCAGGAAAUAGCAGUUCAACUCCUAGAAACUAAUCCAUUACUCUGUACAUCAUAUACAUUGUUUUCAUUUUAUUUUCCAGCGCUAAAAUUACUCGUUCAUUUUAUAUAAUCGAUGUACAUACACUUUAAUAAGACUUUAAAUACACAUAUAACAAAGUUGAUAAUAAAUGCGUGCAGUAUA